AUGACACAUUGGAUAGUUCUCUUUAUUUUGAUCGGCGUUCAGUGCGCUACGUGUGUGGUCGUGGAUCGUUGUUCACGAUGUGUCGGCAAAGAAUACGAAUGUAUUGACGGGUACUGUUAUUGCUCUGAUGGCUACAUACCUGAUUUAAAUCGGAAUAAAUGCAUCAAAUGUCCAGGUUUGGGUGAAUCAUGUUCGGGCUCGUGUUGCAGUCCCCACAAUAAUGAAACUCUUCAAUGUUGGCAAGGCAUCUGUCGAUCAUGUUACGAGUCUCUCGGGAAUUGGAUUUGCAGAGAUUCCACAGAUCAAAUAAUAUUAAUAUCGAGCUCUCAAAUCGUGAUGGCCGUAGCCCUCGUCCUCGGCAUCAUAGCUACAUUCUCAUUGAUGUACAAGCUGUGUAAAGUACACACUUUAAGAAACUCGCGAACUCCUUCCGUAGAGAGCAGGUUGUCAAUUGAUAGUUUUCAGAUCUACGUGGACUCUAGAUUGAAGGACGCGCCACCGAAGUACUCAAGCACUGCGCCUGCGGGCUCCUCAAUAUACCCCGCAGCUAUUUAUCUCAACGCUGGAUUUAAACACGAUAAUACCCUGCCACCGCCAUUAUAUACAGAAGAAAGAAAAGACCAGAACAUACCAAAUAACUCUAUUUGCCAUAUAUAG